UGAACACGCAUGUUUAGGACCCAGAGGCGUGUCUGUUAAAUGACAGUGUGAAAUCUCUCAGUCAUUCCGUUAUUACAGUCUGUUGCGGAACUUCAAAGACCAUUUCGCAAAAAUCGAGCCGACGCGAUGAGAGAACUACAUUUCAAAGAUAAUUUCUGGAAUGUUGAUAUACCCAGCACAGCAGGAUAUGACAGCAUCAUCCAACACCUAAAUGAUGGCAAGCGGACAUGCAAAGAAAUCGAAGACUUCAUAAAAGCGAGAGCUGUUAUAGAAGAGAAAUAUGCUAAGGAGCUGCUUGGUUUGUCAAAGAGAGCAUGUGGACAAAAUGAAAUGAACACCCUGAAACGAUCGCUGGACGUCUUUAAAUUACAAACAGAAAACGUGAGUUUGUCACAUCUCCAUUUGGCGCAAACCAUGAGGGAAGAAGCAAAGAAACUAGAGGAUUUCAGAGAGAAACAGAAAGAGAUUCGAAAGAAGGUAGAGCAACAGAUGGAUGCUCUUCACAAGCAGAAGUCAGCCCAAUAUAAGAAAACCGCUGAAGCGAAGAAGACCUAUGAGCAAAAGUGUCGAGAUAAAGAGGAAGCAGAACAGAACAUGAACAGAAACGCAGCCACCAGCAGUGCCAAGCAGCAAGAGAAGCUGUUUGCCAAAACACAACAAGCCAAGCAGACAGCGGAGGAAGCAGACCGAAUAUAUAGUCAGAAUGUGUCUGUGCUGGGGAAGAUCAGAGAGGAAUGGUUGAAUGAACAUGUCAAAGCAUGCGAGUUUUUUGAAAAGCAGGAAGUGGAAAGGAUCAACACCCUGCGAAACACUGUAUGGACUCAUCUGAACCAUCUCUCCCAGCAGUGUGUCACCAGCGAUGAGCUAUAUGAGGAAGUGAGGAAGUCACUGGAACAGUGUAACAUUCAAGAAGACAUUGAGCAUUUUGUCAACCUCAGAAGAACUGGCGAUAAACCACCAGCACCUGUACUAUAUGAAAACUUUUACAACAAUCAGAGAUCAGUUCCUGCUCGCACGCCCCUGACAGCUAUCAGGAGACCCGGGUUACCUCCAACACCCAAUGCAGAUGAAGAUCCUUUAUAUUCAACUGUAGCGGAUCCUGGAUACAGCCUUAUACGAUACUAAACGGAUCAUCACUUGCUCAGAUUUCAUCCCUAGUUGAGAGGACACUGGGUCAUGGUGCAGCCAGCUUCCUCACAUCGCACGUUCAUAAUAUGCAAUAUAUGAUAUGAAGGGGUUUGGAUAGCCCUUGAUAAAAAAAUGGUAUCACAAACACAACUUUAUGCAAAUCUUUGUCUUUUUAUAUACAGUUUGACAUUGGCACAUAUAUAUUUAGAAAGGUAAAGGUGUGUAAUUUCUGAAUUGCUGUGCAGCCCAACUGGGUUCAUUCUUUUCAUCCAACUAAUAACAAAUAGGGAAAAUGUGUUUUUUUGCAAUUUGGUGCUGCUAGUGGGAGAGAAUUUACACACAUCGGCUUUACAAAGACUACAAAAUGUAAUUUAUUUAUAGUGUCAUGCACCAGUGGAUAUAUUGCUUAAUAAAUGUAUAUAUUAUUUGA